UGUAAAUCGACGGUCAAGAUGCCUUUGAAAGAAACUGGAUUCCAUCCAACUCCAGCUCUCCAAUUGGCUGGUCAAGGUGCUAUUGGUGGAAGUGGUGUAGGACUCGUAGUUUCUACGGUGAGGAAUGCAUUAGAAACACACAACAAGGGUGCAAUGGGUGUUUUCACUAGAACUGGAUCCACUAUUUCCUUAUUCGCUGCUGUCGGUGCUACAUUCGCGUUCACAGAAGCUGCCGUUUCAAACGUACGAGGAGACCAAGACGCAAUCAGCAGCGCUGCAGGUGGAUGUGCGGCAGGAUCAAUAGUUGGUGUUAGAUCUAAGAGCAUCCCAGCUGCUGCAGGUGGAUGCUUGUUAUUCGGUGCAUUAAUGGGUGCAUUCCAAGCUGCUGGUGGUACAUUCACUGCUGGUAACGGUCCAAACCCUUCAUUAGAACAAAGAACACAAAAGAGGGAGUCAUUCGCUACACUUAGACAAAUUCCUGGACAAAAACAACAAGAAGAAUAAAGUUAUGAUAUUCAAUAUACAUUUUCUAUUUCCUUAUUCCAAAUCAGCUUUUCUCUUAGAGGCUCUAUCUUGCAUCGUCUUCUCUACUUUCUGGUAGAAGAGGAUAUCUGAUUUCUUAGUUGGUUGAGCGUCUUUAAUAGGUGUUCUAAAUUUUUCAGGGUUGAGGUGCUGCCUCAUUGCUAGCUUGUUGAAGUAUUUGAACGUGAUUGAACCACCUGCCGCUUCAAUAGCUUCGAUUGCGCUUUUUGACGCUCUUGAAGCUUCUAUAUGAACUGGUGGUAACUGUGUAGUAGGUUUAAGAUCUGAGAGGAUCUUAACGCCAUCUUGUUUAGACAAACCGUGUACCAGAUUUGAUCUAACAAUAUCCCUUAUCGUUAUCGUCUGACUUGGAUCGAUUCUACCUUGUUGGAUGAAGUGUGCUAGUCUAGAAAGUGGGACAGGUGCGAAGUUGUUUGAAUUGCUGUAGGAAAUGAGACUAUUAAACCAGAAGGAGGAGAAUGACACACUAAUUAUAAAAUCCUCUCUUUGGGAAUCUCUUUGUUAGCGGUGUCUGACCACCUUCAAACCAUGGUGCAAUUUUACCAUCACCGCGACUUUUCUGACCAUUCUGACCUCUACCUGAGGUUUUACCUUUGCCUGAACUUCUACCUCUACCAAGUUUCUUACUUCUAUUGAUAACACCGAAGGAUGAUAGCUUGUCUAUAGAGGUAGCAUAUCCUCUAGUGCCUAUAGAUAAUUUCUGCAAAGAUCCUAAUAAAUUUAACAUUGAUUUUAUUUUUUUAAUCUUCGC